AUGUCCCAGCAAUCCAACGUUAUCGGAAACAGGCCCACGGAUGGCGCAGAAGUCACCAUGCCAGAAUUACACCGCCUUGUGCAGAGCCACGUUGAACUCAUUUCGAGGACCGCCCUGAACAACAUGGCAACGGGGGCCUCGUUGAUGGACCCCAAUCCUCUCACCACAGGCCUGGGGGAGUAUCUUCUGCUGGUGUCGCAGUUCUGGGCCGACCUCACCAAGAGCAUCUUGGAGAGCCCGGCCAUCCACCAGGCAGCCGUAGAUGUGCAUGAGGAGUCGAGGCGCAGAUCACACCUCACAGACCUGUCGAGCGUGGUCAACAUGGACCUGGAGAUCACAAAGCUUAGUGCCAUUCGGGAUUUGACGAAGAAGCAUUGCCUUGCUGUGCAAGAUGUCUGGGGAGUUCAGUCUCCCAGAGAUCUGUCCCAAAGCGACAGUCAAGUCGCCUCGGCGGUUAUUGAAGAGAUUGAUACAAUUGUACGGAAGCACCUUCACAUUAGUGUCGCGAAUGGUCCAUGA